AUGUCAAGCCGUAAAAAAGUUCUACUUGUCCUUGAUGAUGUGAGUGACACAAGCCAACUUCAGAAUUUGGCUGGAAAAGGAUGGUUUGGCAUAGGGAGUAGAAUAAUAAUAACAACUAGAGAUCAACGUCUGUUACUUGAGUAUGGUGUUUCUCAGUAUAAGAUGAAUUUCUUAAAUCAAGUUGAGUCCUGUCAACUUUUUCUUCAAAAAGCAUUUAAGGGAGAUCAACCAAAUGGAGAUUUUUUGGAGCUUUCUAAAGUUUUGAUCAAUGCUGCCAACGGACUUCCAUUGGCACUCAAAGUGCUUGGCUCAUUUCUUUGUGGAAGAAAUAAACCAGAAUGGAAGGAAGUACCCAAGAAGAUUCCUUCAAAUGGCAUUUUUGAUAUACUAAAUGUGAGCUUUGAUGGAUUGCAAUAUAAUGAGAAGAAUACAUUCUUAGAUAUUGCUUGCUUUUUCAAUGGGAUGACCAAGUAUGAAAUCAUAGAAAUUUUAGAAAAUAGUGGUCUGUGCCCAAAAAUUGGAAUUGGUGUUCUUAUAGAGAAAUCAUUAGUAACUGAAGUGAAAGGAUACUUGAGGAUGCAUGAUAUGCUUCAAGAAAUGGCUAACGAAAUUGCUUUUUGUAAAUCACCCGAUGAUGCCGGAAAGCAUAGUAGGAUAUGGUCCUUGGAAGAUGCUAAUCAUGUGUUGGCAAAUAAGAUGGGAACUGAAGCAAUCUGUGGUAUAGUGGUGAAUUUUUACAAACCAUGUGUCAUACAAUUGAAUCCUGAAGCCUUCUUUAGGUGUAAAGUCAUUGUUGAUUUGAAAAGUUGCAAAAGUAUUAAAACUCUUCCAACCACAUUGGAGAUGAAGUGUUUGGAGAAAUCUAUUCUCUCUGGUUGUUCAAAAGUUAAAAGGCUUCCUAAGUUUGGUAAAUGUAUGGAAUGCUUAUUGGAGCUUGAUUUAGAAGGGACUGCUAUAUCCAAACUACCUGAAUCAUUGGUCAAUUUGAGUGGUCUUGCUGUGUUGAAUUUAAGUCUAGAUGUAGUCAUCAACGAUGUAUCAUCCACAUUCGCUUUUCCUCGUUUGUUGGGAAACAACUUCAAAUGGUAUUUUUCACUAAGAUUCACAAUCCCAGAAAUCAUCCACCCACCAUCACAAUCUCCAUCUCUGCACACUUGGGUUUCUCCGUCUUCUCCAUUCCAUCUCUCGAUUCGGCCCGAUUCUUCCACUGAUUCCGCAUCCUCCGUCGCGUUCUGCCAUGGCGGCUGUGACUAUGAAAACAUUCGGUGGGGCUUCCACGGAGCAGAGGCGGGGGCUAGGCGUUCGAUCUCUCAGGGCAGUGGGCUAGUGGCUGGAGCUCGGAGCUUAUAG